AUGAAACCACUUGGGGAAAAAGAGAGCAGGGAAAUUGACAGAAUGCUCCUCAAGCCUCAGGUGGAGAGACGUAGGAGAGAGAGAAUGAACCACAGUCUGGAGAGCCUGAGAACCCUGCUGCUGCAGGGACCACUACAUCAGGAUGUGACUCAGCGUAGGGUGGAGAAAGCUGAGAUCCUGAAACACACUGUUCUCUUUCUCCAGAACACUGGAGAUGGGGACAGAAAGAAAGGUGAAGAUAGAGAAAAGCAACAUCCCUUCCAGGAUGGCUUCUCAGGCUGCCUGCAGAGAGCUGCACACUUCCUGGGGCAGGAAGAGGAGGGUCUGCAGCUGGAGGCAGCACUGAACUCUACUAUCUCUGCUCGGCUGAACAGCCAAGCCUGUAUGAACCCCGGAAAGCUCCACUCCGACAUGGAGAUCCCAAACCUCCCCAGCUGCCCCACAGACACGCUGACAAAGAAGCCCAAUCCCAGAACCUCCCAGGCAGCCAGUCUGUGUGGAGGCCUUGGCCCUGAUCUAGCAGAGGAGCCUGAAUUGGGAUAUUGA